UUAACACCUGUAAUUGCUGUUCCUGUGGUACAAGAGCUGGAAGUCAGGCAGUCACAACAGCACAGCUUUCCCUGCUGCCCUGGAGGAGGGAAACGUGGCCUUUGAGGAGGGAAAAGGUUCUUAACAAGCUCUGAGGAGAACAGGUGCUGUAUUGCUGAACACCACAUAUAGUUCAUCCACUCUUCCAGACCCUGUGCUCAAUGCUUUAAUACCAGGAGGACCUUUCUGCUCUGCAAUGAAGAUGGAGGCAGUGGGAAAAGCUGAAGAACUUGCUGAUUCAGAAGUUCCACCAAAGGCUUCUGAAAAGCAAGAGACUGCUCCUGAUGAAGACGGACCUAUAGAGCUCGAGACACAAACUGAGAAGGACAGCAUGCCCACUCCAGCAGACUCUGCAGUGCUCUCUUCCAUGCCUUGCUUGCUGAUGGAACUGAGGCGAGACUCCUCGGAGUCCCAGCUGGCAUCCACGGAGAGUGACAAGCCAACGGGCAGUCGAGUUUAUGAGAGUGACUCUUCUAAUCAGUGCAUGCUUUCCCCUUCUUCCAGUGGGCAUUUGGCUGACUCAGACACAUUGUCUUCCACAGAAGAGAAUGAGCCCUGUCAAGCUGAAGCUGUCGCAGAGGGAGACCCUUCUGCAGUGUCUGGGGCCGCAGCUGGGAGGAAAUCCAGGAGAUCCAGGUCCGAGAGCGAAACUUCAACCAUGGCUGCCAAGAAAAACCGACAGUCCAGUGAUAAGCAGAACGGUCGAGUUACCAAGGCAAAGGGUCACCGAAGCCAAAAGCACAAAGAGAGGAUCCGGCUCCUGAGGCAGAAGCGGGAGGCAGCUGCUCGCAAGAAGUACAACCUGCUGCAGGACAGCAGCACCAGCGACAGCGACCUGACCUGCGACUCCAGCACCAGCUCAUCCGAUGACGACGAAGAGGUUUCAGGGAGCAGCAAGACAAUCACCGCAGAGAUACCAGAUGGCCCCCCCAUUGUGGCUCACUAUGAUAUAUCGGACACGAACUCGGACCCAGAAGUGGUAAAUGUGGACAAUCUCUUGGCGGCUGCAGUAGUUCAAGAGCACAAUAGUCAAGAGUCGGGAUCUGCCUGGAGAACCAGAGGGCUGCUGGAUGAAAUGAGUGCUGACACAGGUCGUUUGGAUCCAGGCUUCCUUGCAGGUGACAAAACCUCUUCUGGUAAUGCCCAGGCCAAUGAAGAAAUUAAUAUUGCCUCUUCUGAUAGCGAAGUAGAGAUUGUUGGAGUUCAGGAACAUGCCAGGUGUGUGCAUCCCAGGGGAGGCGUGAUCCAGAGCGUGUCCUCCUGGAAGCGCAGCUCUCAGUUCAUCAACGCCCAGCAAACACAGUCAUGGACAGCAGUGGCUCCCCAGCAGAACUGGUCCUCACCCCCAGAAGUCGUGGACCUCACCCUGGAUGAGGACACCAGGCGCAAAUUCCUGCUGUAAUCCCGUGUCACUGUGUCCCCGUCCCCUUCCCCUCUUCCCCUUUGUGGCACAGAAGUUCAUGAUUAAACCUUGAGUUUCGGAGCCCCCUCCCCACCCCGUUCUUGGCACUAUGAAAUUCAAACUCACGACGUCUUUUUCAUGUCCAUAAGAAUGUAGUACGACUUCAGUAUGACUUAAAAGGGUUUUUUGCCUUCUCAAAGGGGGAUUCCUCUCAGAUUAACAGCACCGAAUUUAAAACACAUCUACAGUUUACUAACGUGUGCGUGUUAAUCUGAAGAAAUAACUGUGUGCAAAACUUACAUCCUCCCUCCCUUCCCCUCCUCCCGACUCCAGAACGUUUUUAACUUAUCAGUAAUAUUGAGUUUGUUAGUAGGAGUUAGUGUGUUGCUGUGUGAGCAUCAGUGAUUUUGAGGAAUGGUGUGUCCUCACUGAUUUCAGUGGAACUGGGGGUAUUCAACACUUCUGAAGUCUGGGCCAAGAGUGUUCAUACACAAGCUGAUUUGGUUGUGUUACCAGCAGGAGGGACUGUCUUUAAUGCAAACGGCCCAUAACUUAUGCACUGAACAGCUUUUAAUUAAAGCAUUUUUAUUCUCAGUAUAAUUUAUAGUUUAUUCAGUGCUGAAUCUUCUGUCUACUUGACUACUGUGUUUCACUGAUCAUUUCCCACGGCUUGAUAUGGCUAAAACAGUAAUAAUAGUAGUGACUUAGUAGCAGCUGAUUAUUGCAAAAGCACAGGAAAAGGUAAUAAAAAGGCCCAGCAUCCCUCUCCUUUUUAAUUAUAGCUGAACUUUUUUACCUUUAUCCAAGAAUUGCCUGGAGGAGAUGGAGAAACUAAACGUUUUGCUCGUAGUCCUCAUUUCUCCUGUUGCUUAUUUGCUUCAUUCACCACUUCAAAAAAAUAAAAAAAAAACCCAAACAAGCAAAUUCCAAAGCCCCAGCCUGGCAAAGCACUGGCAGCUGCUGGUGUUCAGCUGAGACUGUUCCCGAGAACUUGUGGGGCCACUUAAGUGCUUAAAACACUGUCCUAAAAGAUGUUGCAGGAUCAGAAUCAGAACCUAAGGUUGUGAUUUUUUUGUUGUUGUUGUCGUUUAAUUAAUAAACUGCACCCUGCAGGAUUCUAGCCUAUAUGGCUUUAAAUCUUGCCUCUUAUGCGAGUUUUAGAAUUGUUUUUAGGGCGUGAUUCAGAUUCUUUCUACCAGAAUAUUUACAGAAAUCAGUGGAACUACUCAGUUUAGUGGGCUGUGGUUUCUGUGGUGUGUAUGGAAAUUCCUGCCCCUCAUCUGUCAUUUUGAGCCUUUCUCAAGGCAAAAACCAAAGAUUAGACUUCUAACAGAAUGAUAUUAUUCACUUUUAAAGUCUCUCGUGCAAUUAAAAUGUUCCUUCAUAUUCUGGAUGUUUUUGGUGGGAAUUUUUUACAGCUCUGUCUUCAGAUUUUUUUAGCAGUUAGGGCUGAACAGGGGUGGUCAGGACACGGGAAGUUCUGCUUUCUUUUCGUGCUGGCUGGUUUUGAGAUUUAUUUGGCUUCCAACAGUUUUACCUGUGGGCAGAAGAAAACAAAUUAAAAAUAGAACUGCCUGUGUUGUCACGUAAAGGAAAAACAGCCCGGUAUAGUCAGUAACAAACAUCUCUUUUUCCCCAUAAGCAGAACAGUUUGGACUGCACUUUACAAGAUGAGUAGGUAAGGGAUCGAUACUCCAAUUUCCAGCUUUCUAAAACACUGAACAUUAAGUGUAUUAUUGCAUGGCCAGAAAAAUGUAUGUGGUGCUUCUAGUGACCGAUUUCUUUCCCGGGAGAAGGGGGGUUGGGAGGGAGGGGAGUGUGGAUGGAGCCCCUUGGCAGUGCAGUAGGGAAAAGCCCCCCGCACUGCUCUCCGUUGGUCCCUCCUCCCGGUGUUUUAAUCGCGCACCUCAGUCAUUUCCAUGGGCUCACACACCUGCUGUAGAGGUAACUCUGGAACAGGGGCUUAGUGUGGCUGCUUCUCCCUGUUCCACAAAGUCUCCUGGAGAUCAGUUUUGAAGAAAGCUGCAGGGACCCGUUUGCAGUCCUUCCGUGAAAAAAUGCAAACUAACUCUCCUCGGUUUUUUUUUCAGUUUGUAUAUGAUGUGACUUCCAUGUAUAUAUAAAAACAACUGCAUCCUAACCAAACUUCCUCCAUUUGUGCACUGUGUUUGUUUAAACAACUCACAUAUUGCAGUCCGACGCAGGUUUUCUUUUAUUUAAAACACUACGUAUUUUCUCGUAUUCUUAAGAGAUUUUAAAGGGUAGUGCUCUGAAAAACACAAUCACUGGAUAGCUUAGGGUUAGGAAAUGGUUUGGUUUUGUUUCUCUCUCUCUCUUUUUUUUUUUUUUUUUAAACUGUUAUUUUUUUUAAAAAAGAGCAAAAUGUGCCUGGGUGGUUUUGCUCUUCUAAGCAAGAAAGAGAAAAGUCAGCCAUUGUAUGGCUAAGAACCAAUGCACUUGGGGCCUGAUCCAGAACCCACUGGGGUCGGUGCAGGGCUUUCCAUUGACCUCAGUGUGCAUUGGCUCGAGCCCUUCAGGGUUUAGCAGUUCCUGAAUUGCUGGAGUGUGAACUUGGAAUCUUCUAUAGUGAAGACAAAUCACUGCUUAGAAUAUAAAUGUUUAAAAUGUGCAACUCUAGUUUUAAAAAAAAAAAAAAACCAACAAAAAAAUUGAUUCUUCUCAACACUCACUAUUUAGUUCUCAUUUUCCAUCUAGUAUUUAAUGGUCUUUGGAGAGAAAUAAUAAUAAAACAGAGUGUUAUAUAAAUAUAAAUAUAUAUAUUUUUGGUGCAAGAUGAGACCUUCUGUUUUUUUGAAACAAGUCUGUAGAAUAAAGGUUAAACUAUUUUAAGACAAAAUAAAAUAGAGUGUAUUAUUUAAACAA